AUGAGCCCUUCAGCAACAGAAAUCUCAGAGACCACCAUGGCAAAGCCUACCAAGUCUAACAUCGGUGUUUAUACCAACCCAGCACAUGAAUUGUGGGUUGCAGAAGCAGAACCAUCUUUAGAAAGCAUUGAGAAGGGCGAUUCAUUGAAGCCAGGAGAAGUUACAGUGGGCAUUAGAAGUGUCGGUAUCUGCGGGUCGGAUGUACACUUUUGGCAUGCUGGGUGUAUAGGCCCAAUGAUUGUCGAAGACACACACAUACUUGGACACGAAUCAGCUGGCGUUGUACUCGCAGUUCAUCCAUCGGUUGAUAGUCUGAAAGUCGGCGAUCGAGUCGCUGUUGAGCCAAACAUUAUCUGCGGUGAAUGCGAGCGAUGUCUUUCUGGUAGAUACAACGGAUGUGAGAAGGUUUUGUUUCUGUCAACACCACCAGUUCCAGGUCUUCUUCGCAGAUAUGUCAACCACCCGGCUACUUGGUGUUACAAGAUUGGAAACAUGUCAUUCGAAGAUGGAGCAAUGUUGGAACCUUUGAGCGUCGCAUUGGCUGGUUUAGAAAGAGCAAAUGUUAAGUUGGGAGAUCCAGUUCUCAUCUGCGGGGCUGGCCCUAUCGGUCUCAUCACCCUGCUUUGUGCUCGAGCUGCUGGAGCUUGCCCGAUUGUUAUCACGGAUAUCGAUGAGGGAAGACUUGCUUUCGCCAAGGAGCUUGUUCCUUCAGUUACUACGCACAAAGUCGAGAGAUUAUCCGCGGAAGAGGGUGCUAAAUCUAUUGUAAAAUCCUUUGGGGGUAUUGAGCCAGCAGUCGCCAUGGAGUGUACUGGAGUUGAAAGCAGUGUAGCUGCAGCUUGCUGGGCAGUCAAAUUCGGUGGAAAGGUGUUCGUGGUCGGUGUAGGCAAAGAUGAGAUGACACUACCAUUUAUGAGAUUGAGUACCGCGAGAUACUGUAACACAUGGCCAAGAGCCAUUCGACUGGUCGAGAGUGGUAUCAUUGAUAUGAAGAAGCUGGUAACCCAUCGUUUCCCACUGGAAGAUGCGAUUAAAGCCUUCGAGACAGCAGCAAAUCCAAAGACUGGUGCUAUAAAAGUUCAAAUCAAGAACGACGAAUAG